AAAAAAUAAUACCAAAUUUAAGUUUUCUUAUGGCAACACUAGUUUCAUCUGUUUCUGUCAAAACCAAGCAGUUUGUGAUUAUCGGAUUUCUCUAUUUUCAUCGCAAAACACAAAUGUAGCCAUUAAUUAUUUACGAUUCCCACUGCAUUUACUGUGACUGAUAUGACGUGUACUUAAUUAUUAUUGUCCGUGUUAUUUCCGAGUCAUAGUUUGUAGUUUUGAUAUCGCAAUGGGUACCACAUAUAAUUCCACAUUUAUGGCGAGGUACUCGGCGUUCAGCCCAUACCGGCUGAUCAGGCGGGAGACAGGGUUCGGGACGCCCAUCGGGGCGGGCGACGCGAUGGCUAAGAGCCUGUACUGCGGCAUGAAGCCCAUCGCAUCGUGGGACUGCGAACAGGCAAACGCACUUCCUACUGGAGGGGUUUUCAACCUUGAAUUCUCCCCGGAAGGGUCUCUUCUAGUGGCAGCUUGUGAGAAGAAGUCUAUUCAGAUAUUUGACCCCCUCACACACCAACGAAUACAUUCUGUCAAUGGAGCACAUUCAGACUGUGUCAACUGUGUUAAGUUUUUGGAUGGACGAAUGUUUGCCACAUGCUCUGACGACACCACAAUAGCCCUGUGGGACGUACGGAACCUAAAGAAAAAAAUACGCUCCUUGCUGGGCCAUUCAAACUGGGUCAAAAAUAUAGAGUUCUCAGUCAAAGACAAAUUACUAGUCACCUCAGGACUAGAUGGAAGCAUAUAUACGUGGGAUAUCAAUUCAUAUACGGAAUAUAACCUUGUAUACCAAAGAGUGUUCCAUGCAUCUGGAUUGAUGAGAUGCAGAUUGUCACCGGAUGCCCGGCAAAUGGUGAUGUGCACUACAGGAGGACUACUUGUCAUCAUUCAUGACCUCAAUUUGACCACACUGGCGCAAGACUUACAUGGGUUUAAGCCAAACCUGUACAGACUGAUGCAGAUGAGUCAGCAGCUGAUCCCGAUCGCGGCCAUGUAUGACCAUUUGUUCGACAGCAAGCGUAAGGAAAACCGUGUCGAGUUUGUGUCGGACUUUCCCGACGGGAACGAUGCGGAGGUGGUGUCGGCGUUACAGAUUCAUCCACAAGGCUGGAGUGCGUUAAGUAGAAAUAUCAGUCACGAUGAUAGAUCCGAGUGGUCGUGCAUCCACGACAUCCAGCCGCUGGACGAGUGGUCGGACAAGUCUGUCCGCGACAGCGCGCCGCCGGCGGCGGGGCUGCGGCGCGCGCCGCGGCGCCUGGCGCGCCUGCGGCCGCGGCCCUACCGCGCCGCGCGCCCCGCGCCCACCCCCGCGCUCUCCGCCACGCCCGCCAUCCCCGCCGCCGCCGCGCCCCCCGCGCCCGGCGCCAGUGGCAGCGGGUCGUCAUCCCAGAGCCAGCCGGAGCGCCCCCGCGGCCGUUCGCGCUCCAGCUCGCCCGAGGCGGAGCCCCCCGCCGCGGCGAGGGAGCCCGCCCCGGGCAGCUCGCGCCAUGGCGUGGGCCUAUCCAAUGACGUCUGGGAGGCGUCUAUUACGAUCAAACAGCACAGAAUGCUCCAAGAAAUGUACAGCAGGGGCCAGGUGGGGCGCAACUUCAACAUGCAGCGCAUCAUGGGCAUCAAUACGGGCAUCGCGCCGCCUGCGCAGGCGACGCCCGCUUCGCAGCGACUCUCCUCACGGCAUAUCUGCACUAACAACUCAUUGAGUAGUUCCUCGUCGUCGACAUCGUCGGCGUCCAGUUCCCGUGACGGGUGCUCGUCGUGCGGUGACGAGGAGAACCGGAACUACAUCCGGCAGAACCGCGACCGGCUGCUCUUCUACAAAGAGGAGACCAACGAGGGGAAGGGCUUCAUCAAGGAGCUGAGCUACUCGGCGGACGGGCGCGUGGUGUGCUCGCCGUUCGGGCGCGGCAUGCGGCUGCUGGCGCUCAGCGAGGGCUGCCCCGAGCUCAGCGCCGCCGUGCCCGACCACGCGCGGCCCGCCCGCCCCGCGCCCAUGCUCGACGUGGGGCAGAGCCUCGGGAUACACCAGGAUCUGGUAGUGAGUUCCAAGUUCAGUCCGCGCUACCACAUGCUGGUGACGGGGUGCCUGGAGGGCAAGAUCGUCUGGUACGAGCCCUACAGCGGCGAGACCCUAUACUAGGUGCAUACAAGAGUCUCUCAUUCCGAGCAGUGUCUACCGCAGCGCCAUUCGACGUGUACUGCCUUGUAAAUUCCGACAUUAAAUGAUUGCGUGUAUAAAGCUUGACUCUGAAUAAUGCUGUGUACCUUGAAAUUGUAUUGGUGAAAUUGUAUGUAUCGGUGAUAUUAUGUUAGUUAUUGUAAGAAAAUGAUCGUGUUAAAUAAAAUUAGAGCUUUUAACAUGGUAAUAUGUGUAUAUUCAACAACUUCGAGGCUACAUCACUGAAAUUCUUAUUAAAAAUCUCGUGUAUAAACUGAUUUUACUAAGAAAGGAUUUUAAUAAAUGUUCGAUCUGUGGA